UGAACCUGUAAAAUCAACAAAGUUACAAAACAAAGUUGUCAGAUAUGCGUCUUCCCUGCAUAUAAGUUGUCAUUGGUAUGUCUGCUACCUUCUACCCAUAGAACAAGUAGAACGGAAGUGGUAAGUCGAACAACUUCUAAUCUGAUCAGGGGAACGUACUGAGAUCGGUGGGGCAGAAUGCAUCACCCUGGUCAGACCUGCAGUUUCUUUUUCAUGCGUUUCGAGUAUCUGGUUUAAUGAAGACCACGUGUAGUGUCUUCACACAGUUCGGAUAGCUUCGGUCAGGUCGAGCUAUGAAGGGAGUGACGAUAGUGAAGCCUAUUGUGUUUGGGAAUGUUGCCCGUUACUUUGGGAAGAAGAGAGAAGAGGACGGACACACACACCAGUGGUCUGUUUACGUAAAGCCUUACAGAAAUGAGGACAUGUCGGCAUAUGUGAAGAAGAUACAGUUCAAGCUACAUGAGAGCUAUGGUAACCCGUUAAGAGUGGUCACUAAGCCCCCAUAUGAGAUUACAGAGACAGGCUGGGGGGAGUUUGAGAUCAUCAUCAAGAUUUUCUUCAUUGAUCCCAAUGAAAGACCAGUGACUCUGUACCAUUUGUUGAAGCUGUUCCAGUCAGAUUCCAGUGCCAUGCCUAAGAAGACAGUUGUCUCUGAAUUCUAUGAUGAAAUGAUCUUUCAGGAUCCUACUGCCAUGAUGCAGCAGCUACUGACUACAUCAAGACAACUUACACUGGGAGCCUACAAGCAUGAGACGGAGUUUGGUGAGCAAGAACAGAAGACAAAGGAGAAAAUGGAAGCUGCAAAAAGGAGAACAAGUCAGGAGAUCACGGAGUUGAAAGACAAACUAAAAGCCAGCAGAGAAAACAUCAACCACUUGAAGACAGAGAUCAGGAAACUGGAGGAGGAUGGAGAUCAUAAAGAGCACUAAAAGAUGUACAAAUACACACACACGGAAAUGUAGAUGUCUCACAUUUGGUAGUAGAUUGGUGGUUUGGGUUAGAACGACCAAUACACACACAAGUACCAUUUUUUUCAACUUGUCUCCACCAGUUCCAACGACGCACUGGAAGUUGACUAUAAUAAUUUUCUGUAGAAAGAUUCCAUGAUGUCAUAACAUUGUUUUCAUUUAAUGUUUUCAAUUGAAUUGCUUUUUUUUUUUUUUUUACUGGCCAUUUUAUAUAAAAAUUUUUUAAAGCA